AUGAUAAAAGAAAAUGAAACAAUAUCAAAAACUUUACUUACUAUAGAUAAAUAUAAAGGAAACUUAAUAAGCUUUAAGAAUGCUAUAAUAGAUGGUGAUUAUACUCCAAAUAAUGAAAAUUUUAAACGAACUUUAAUUUGGAAAACUUGUUUAAUUACUGAAAGUUUAAAAAUUUCAGUCUGGGAAUCUAAAUUAAAUGAUUCAAGAGUUGUGUUUCAUCAGUUACUAAGUAGAGAUGAUUUGAAAUUACCAUGGUAUAAACUAGAUGCUGAUCAUUUAUAUUAUCAAAAUCAAUCGUUGAGUCGAAAAUCAAGUAUAACAAGAAAACAUCAACCAUCAUUAAAGAAAAAAUUGCCCAAGGUUAAUGUUAAUUCUGAUCCUUUAAGAUAUACAAAUACAAUUAACGAUUUAGAAUUAUUAGAAAUUAUAAUAUUAGAUAUAGAAAGAUUAUUUCCAGGUGAAGAAUUUUUCAAGUCACUAUAUGUUAAAAAACAAUUGAUUGAAAUACUAUACAUUUGGUGUAAAUGUAAUAAAUUUGGUUAUAAACAAGGAAUUCAUGAGAUUUUGGGACUAAUAUAUAUGAAUUUACAAAAAGAAUCAAUUGAAAUAUCAAGUACAAAUACUUUUUCGUCAGAUGAUUUAAAGAUUUUGAAGCUAUUUGAUUUAAAUUAUCUUUGUCAUGAUGUUUUUACAAUUUUUAAUAAAGUAAUGAAUUCAAGUGGAAUUUUAAAAAAUUUUUAUGAAAGUGAAGAGAAUUUAAUGUCCAGUAUUGAAAAGUUCAAUAUGUAUUUAAUGAAAGUUGAUCAAUUCAUUUAUUAUAAUUUGCAUACAAAAUUAAAAUUGGAAAGUCAACUAUGGAUUAUAAGAUACCUUCGAUUAUUAUUACUAAGAGAGUUGGGUAAUGAUUUUAAAACUAUAAAUUUAUUAUGGGAUAAAUUAAUAACUAAUAUAUCUUCAAUUUCCGAAUUGAUUAAUUUUAUAAUUAUUCAUUUAUUAAUUCAAAUAAAAACUGAUUUAUUAUCAAGUGAUUUUAGUGAAUGUUUAUCAUUAUUAUUACAUUACCCAAUUAAAUUUAAACCUAAUGAUAGAAAUGUGUUUACAAAAAAUUUAUUCAAAGAUUCUUUCAAAUUGUAUGAGAAACGAAGUGAUGACUUAAAAUUAUAUGAAUAUGGUAUAAAGCUUAAUCAAAAAUAUAAUUCAAAUUUAAAAAUAUCCAUGAGCUAUACACCUAGAAGUAGUCAAGAAGGUACACCACCACCACCACCACCACCAUUAAACUCUUAUGAGAAACUGAAGUUUGAAAAGACAAAAUUAGAAAUGAGAUUAAAGAAGAAAACUCAACUGAUGAUAAAACCUUAA